ACCAUAGAAAUUCUGUGCAGUUUCUGCCCUGCUGGCAGCUGCUCAAGAGUGAUCCAACACAGUAAGUGGUGGUAUGUUUCUUCUGAAUGCCAGGAAUCAUCAGUGCUGAAUUUCUAAUCGCUGGUCUUCCCAAAAACCCUGAGCGGUUCUCUUUUAACUUGGUGAGCGAGUUAAGCUGAGACGGAUUAGCCAGAGGUUCCCGGGUUGCUGGAGCGGAAUGUGAGGAAGCUGACCACAUCAGUGCAGGAGCCCAAAACCCUUCAACUCUGAUCUAACCUUGAAAAUCAUUUGUCAGUGCAUUGAGCUGGUCCAUGAGGAUACAGGUGGCUUGAGAUGUCUGUGAAAGGCUGGGAUCGUGGGACACAAUGUAUAGCAAAGUGUGAUCAUAAAUCCUCCAAGAAAGAUGAACUAUCAUUUCACAAAGGAGAUAUACUGACAAUUAUUGAAGUUGUUAAUAAUAAAGGUUUGUUCCGGGCAAAGAAUAACAAGACCCAGGAGGAAGGGCUGAUAUCCAGAAGCAAAUUACGUGAGCGUGAAGCCAUUCGAGUCGACCCCAACAUCAGUCUUAUGCCGUGGUUCCAUGGGAAGAUCAGUGGUGAAGAUGCAGUGAGGGUGCUCCAGCCCACAGAAGAUGGCCUCUUCCUGGUGCGAGAGUCCAUUCGACAUCCUGGUGACUAUGUGCUUUGUGUCAGCUCAAAAGAGGAAGUCAGUCAUUAUCGUGUUAUUUAUCAAGACAAUAAAUUAACAAUUGAUGAAGAGAACUAUUUUUACAACCUCAUUGAACUUAUUGAGCAUUAUAUGAAAGAUGCAUGUGGGCUCAUCACUCGGUUAACAAAACCCAAACUUAAGGAGGGCACAAAGUCAGCUGCGGAGGAAUUCUCAAAAGCUGGCUGGCUACUCAAUAAGGAGCAACUUAUAAUAGGAGAUCAGAUAGGAGAAGGGGAAUUUGGAGCUGUGUUUCAAGCAGAAUACAUCGGGGAGAAAGUGGCUGUAAAGAACAUCAAGUGCGAUGUCAUGGCUCAAUCCUUCUUGGAGGAAACUUCUGUCAUGACUAAACUGCAGCACAAGAACCUGGUGAAAUUAUUGGGAGUUAUUGUGGACAAUGGGCUGUAUAUCGUGACUGAGUUCAUGAGCAAGGGUAACCUCGUAAACUAUUUGAGAAGCAGAGGAAGAUCGGUCAUCAAAACGAAACAGCUGAUCCAAUUUGGGCUUGACGUAUGUGAAGGAAUGGAGUACCUGGAAUCGAAAAAGCUCGUUCACCGAGAUUUGGCAGCCCGGAACAUUCUGAUCUCAAACGAAAACAUUGCCAAAGUGAGUGACUUCGGACUGGCCAAAGGGGUGUCCAGCACUCAGGACCAGGCAAAGCUGCCCGUGAAGUGGACGGCACCAGAGGCACUGAGACAUCACAAAUUUUCCACCAAAUCAGAUGUCUGGAGUUAUGGAAUUCUUCUCUGGGAGCUGUUUUCAUACGGUCGGGCACCUUACCCUAAACUGUCGCUGACUGAUGUGUCAGAAAGAGUGGAGAAGGGGUACCGUAUGGAAUUGCCUGAUAAGUGUCCCAUCCCAGUGUAUGAUAUGAUGAAAUCCUGCUGGGAGUAUGAUCCCGGGAAACGUCCCACCUUUAAAAAACUAAAAGACAAACUGGAAAAAGAAGGACGGAAAUCGGAAUAUGUUUGAAGUAAAGACAAUUUGAAGGACUAUUUGGAAUUGUUAAAUAGCUUUCAUAGUUUUUAUUGAACUAACAUUCCAAGAUGGAUCACUUUCAGGACUUAAGAUUGAAGUGAGCGACGAUACAGGAUAAAUAGUUCUUGAUUUUAUGUAUAAAGAGGUAAAUGAAAAUGCCUUGUGCCUGCUAGAUUCUAGAAUUCACAGUUUGAUGGUCCUCACAUUUGCUUAAUUUCAUCUUUAACUUUUGAGAGCUCCCUCACAUCCCAACUGUGCUGGACUUGGGAUGUUGUCAUUACUCACAUGUGAGAUCAGAGAUUGACAAUACUGUCUGAGAAUCAGCAGGAGGAAAUGGACAGUGGGUGUGAGCCACCUCAGGUUUCAGCCCGGGAGGUUCGCCAAAAACACUUCAGCUGCGAAGCCAAUCACAACUAGUUGUUGCCAUCAGACCGCAACAGGCCCUGACAGUUAGCAACACACAACUGUUGCUAUUGGCAGGGCACCUGCCAUUCCAGGCAACACCGCACCACCCUGUUACAGCCCACACUGCAGUAUUCCACUACAGUCAGCAAGGCACCUGUCUGUUACAGUCAGAAAUACAGUGAUCUGUUACAGUUGACAAAGCACCAGCCCUUCACAGUCAGAACUGCAUCAGUCUAUCAUAGUGAGCACCGCGCUACCUCAUUAGUAACCCAUCUGAGUCUGCACCCACCUCAGUCUAUUAUAAACAGCACCAACCAGCCUGUUAACAGCCCAUUACAGACAGCAUUGUUACAACUGACACUCGAACACUUUGUUACAGUUGGCACUGCACCUCACUGAGAACACUGCACCAGGCUAUUCCAGUCAGCAUUGUUCCAACCCAUUCUAAUCUGCAAUGCGCCAGCCCGUUACAGUCAGCGCUGCACCUUCCAAUUAUAGGCAGCACCACAUUGCUCUGUUGCAGUCAGAACCGCAAAACCCAAUCAACAGCCCAUUACAAUUAUGCUGCAUCAGCCCAAUGUAGUUGCUCACAGGAGACAUGAGAGAUGGUAGAUGCUGGAAUCUGGAGCAACAAAUAAUCUACUGGAGGAACUCAGCGGGUCGAGCAGCAUCUGUGGGGGGGGGGGGAGAAAUUAUCUGAGGACUCUCAGUCCUAAUGCAGGGUUUUGACCUGAAACGUUGACAAUCCCUUUCCCCCCCACAGAUGCUGCUCAAUGCGCUGAGUUCCUCCAGCAGAAUAUUUGUUUUUCCAUAGUUGUUCACAGUCCUUAUCAUUGAUUUGGAUGAGGGGUUCAAGUUUAAUAUUUCCAUGUUUGUUGACGAUACAAAGCCAUGUGGGUUGUGAGGAGGAUUUGAAGGAAAUCUCAGGGGGAUAUAGACAGAAACAAAUGGGCAGGAAUAUUGUGGAUGGGAUAUAAUGUGGAAAAUGUAAGGAUUGCUAAAAAGAAAAUUAGAAAGGCAGACUAUUUUGAGUAUUUUUCAAAUGCUGUCAAAACGAAUGGUUUUGGUGUCAGAGGGACCUGGAUGUACAUGAAUGACUGAAAGUUAACAUGCAGGUACAGCAGCAUGAAUUGGCAAAAGGAUUUGAGUACAAGAGGGGAGACUUCUUGCUCCACUUACCUGGCAUCCUGGUGAGACUCCAUCUGGAGUAACAUGGACAGUUCUGCUUUCCCUACCCAAGUAACAAUAUGCAGCCUCCACAACUCUCUCAGAUAGAGAAUUCCAGAUGCUCACUAGUAUUCCAAAGCCAUUACAUUCCUUCUUAAAUAAAUGAACCAAAACUGUGCACUGUACUCAGGUGGUCUCACCUGUAUUCUGAUCAACUCUGACAAUAUUUCCCUAUUUCUAAACUCCAACCCUUUUCCAAUAAAUGCUAGUGUGCCCAUUUGCCUUCCUAACCACUCUUUGUGAUCCAUACACAAGAAUACCUAGUUCCCUCUGUACUUUGCUUGUCCUACUCCAUCCCAUUACAGCUAGUACUGCCCCAGCCAAUGACAUCAGUACUGCAACAGCCUGUUACAGUCAGCACUCCACUAACCCUUUACAGUUUGCACCAGGCCACCCCAUCAUACUCAGCACUUCAGCAGCAAAUUACAUUCAGCAACAUAUCAACAUCAGAAUCAGGUUUAUUAUCACUGACCUAUGUCGUGAAAUUUGUUGUUUUGCGGUAGCAGUACAGUGCAAGACAUCAAGACAUAAAAAUUACUAUAAAUUAUAAAAAUAAAUAAAUAGUGUAAAAGAGGAAUAACAAGGUUCAUGGACCAUUCAGAAAUUUGAUGGUAGAGGGGAAGAUGUUGAGUGUGGGUCUUCAGGCUCCUGUACCUCCUCCCCCAUGGUAGUAACGUGAAGAGGGCGUAUCCCAGAUGGUGAGGGUCCUUAAUGAUGUUGUAAUCAACACUGCACUAGCCCAUUAACAACCCAUUACAGUGUGCACUGCACCACACCACCCUGUAUAUAGUCCAUUAUAAUCUGCAUUACAUCAGCCCAUUACAGUUAGCAUUGCAUCAUUCUGUUGCAAUCAACAUUGCAACAAUCUAUUAAUGUCUGCCCCCCUCCGCCCCCCCAAUGUUGUCAUCUGCACACUUCAUCCUGUAGCAGUCAACUUGGCAUCAGCCCAUUAGGAGACUACUACAGUCAUCAGCACCCUAGUCCAUUAUAGUCAAUUCCAAACUGACCCAUGUACUUAACAUUGCACUAGCCUGCUAACAGUGCAUUACAGUCAGCACUAGUCUAGCCUAUGAAAUAAGCACUGCCCCACCAUGUUAUGGUGAGCACUGCAGAAGCCUGUUACAUGAGCAGCGCAUCAACCUAUUACAACCUGUACUGUAACAAGUUACAGUCAGCACAAUAGCACAUUACAUUCAACACUACACAAACCUGUUAUAAUCAGAACCACACCAACCUGUUACAGUCAGCACUGCAUUGGCCCAUUACAAAAAACACUGCAUACCCCAUAAGUCAGCUCUGCACCAGCCUGUUACAAGCUUGUUGCUGUCAACACACCAUGUUGUUACUCAGAAUUAUGCUAGUUGUUACAGUCAGCAAUAUGCAGCUUGUUCUAAUCAUCACCACUACAUGCUUUUACAUUCAGCACUGCAAUAGCCUAUUACAGUCAACUGGCCAUUACUGUCAACAGCACAGCAACCCAUUACAGCCAGCUCCACACCAGCUUCACAACCCUUCACAGUCGGCACCACCACCCAACUCAUUGUAGUCAGUACUGGACCAGCCCAUUCCUAUUGGUACCACACCAGCUAUUCUGUCAACAACAUACCAACCUCUUACAAUCAUUGUUACACCAUCCUUUUACAGGAAACUGGAACAACCUGUAACAAUAAGCACUGGAAUAGCCUGUUACAGUCACCACCCCUCCACCCCAUUAUAGUUAGAUUGAAAUAUUCUACAGGAGUGGCAUUGGGAUAGAAAUGGGGAAAAGCAAACCAUUGCAACUGAAGUAUCAUCUCAGAGCAGGGUACUGAUCAUCUGUGGGAGAAUGACACCAGUAAUGCUGUUUAUAUGUUACUAAUAAAUUAUAGAUAUAACACUGAUUGCACUAUAGACACAAUAUGGACUUCACUGAAGAGUGUGUCCCAAUCAGACUAUGACCAUGACUGAUUCCAUUGGGAACUGACAUUGAUUACAUAGUGGGGUUAACACUGUUGGCAGCAAGUCCAGCAUGGAUCACGUUGUGGUCAUUAAAACAAUGGGACGCUGAAUGUAACUCCAGUUGACCAUGAGCUUGACACUGAUUGGACUCUCAAUGUAACAUAGUUUGGACUGUGGAAAUGACAGACCAGACUGUGGGAGUGGCAAAUGUCAGGUUGUGGGAAUGGGAUAGACUGCACUGUCAGGAUGACACUGCAUAGACAGUGGGAAUGAUGUAGAUUGAUCUUUGAGAAUGAUAUCAGUUGAAGGAUGGGAGUGACAUCAAUUGGCUGUUGGACUGACUUAAAUUGGAUUGUGAGAGUGAAACAGAUCAUUCUGUAGGACUGUAGGAUAACAUCAAUCAUAUUGUGGGAAUGACACCCAGACUGUGGGAGACACACUGACCAGACUAUGGGAGUCACACAAUUUGACUGUGAGUGUACACUGAUCAGAUUGCUAUAUAAAAUGUAACUUUUUAUGAUAACAUGAAUUAGGGUCUUUUUACUUUCAUCUUAACCUCUCUCAAUGGCAGAGCAAUUGCAUUAAGCAUUAUUUUUAUGAUGCCAUUUAAUUGCAAUGAAUUGUUUUGAAGAUAAUCUAAUCACUUUAGAUCUGACAGAGGCUCAUCUGGUUGUUGAUAUGGUCUAUCACUGUUUGUGAUCUAACCACUUAUCUAAUUAAGUAAUAAUGGAUGCAUGAUUAGACUGUCAUACCAUAUGAAACAGAGGCUGGAUUACCAGAAGACAAUGCUGCAGGAACAAUCUAAUAAUUAUUCUGGGUUCACCCUAGAAAUAGCCUGAUAUUUUCUUUCUUAAAUUUGUACUUGGAAAAUUUCCUCUCAGGAUUGGUCCUGUUUUAGAAAAGCAGAGGGAUGGAUUGAGAUGAAUAGAACGUGAUCCUGUACUCAGUAAGGAAUUGCAUUAUCACACCGGUAAGCUGUUUUUUGAUGCUCCUUGACCAUCUGUGAUCUGGCAUAUAUACCCAGAGGCUGAUACGUGCCAUCUGCCAACUGCUGUAACACAGAGCUCUCUGAAUGCUGCAGCAAGUGGCACUGGCUCACAUUCCUCAGUGAGGAGAUUAUUCUUUAAAUCAAUUCUUGCCUUUCAUCUGCAGUCUUAUUUUCUUUCUGGAGGUCAUCAACCCCACUUUCCUGACCCCAGCUUCACCAUCCCAAACCCAACCUCACUGGCCCAGAUUCCCAUCUUACUAUCCUGGGCUCCCAGACACACUGUCCUGGACCCUAGUCACAAUGUCCUGGACACUAGUGUCAUAUUCCCAGACCUUAGUUUCCCAGCCCCUAAUCCCACACUCACUGCUUGUGAUCCCAUUUUCACCGUCCCAGGUUCUAGUUUCACAGUCUCAGAUCUUAGCCUAAUUAUCCCUGAGUGUAGUGUAUGUAAAUAAAGGAUAUAAGUACAUGGCAUGUACAUUUAGGCACACAUACAAUAGAAUUAGUUGUUUCAAUGAAAUAACUUCACAUUGCUCUAGCAGUGCUCUUUGUGUCUCUCUAUAUAGUCUGCAUUGUCUGUGUGUGAAGCCAUGCAUAUGUACAUACCUUACAAAUCAAGUCAAGUUGAGUUUAUUGUUAUAUGCACAAGUGCGGUGAGGUACAGGUACAAUGAAAAACUUGCUGGCAGCUGCAUCACAGACAAGGACAUAAAAUCAACAAAAAACUGUUAAUAGAGCAAUGAAUAAAAUUGUUUUUGAACUUGUUGA